AUGGCUAACGUACGAUCCUUGUGGCGUAGGCGAUAUUUUCUUUCCUGACUGCAUUCCUGCUAUGUUUUUUUUCCGAUGGGGCCCCAACAGCUGCAUUUCUUCGUCACCGUUCGUCAAGAUUUAGGAUAGUUAUGACAAAAAAAAUGAGUUUUUCACUACCUGGUAUUAUAUAUGAUUUCAAUAUAGAAACCGUACUUUUGGCCGUGGUCCUUUGUGCGAUGUUUUAAAACGCUGCGAAAAUUUUUCUGGAAAUUUUUGCCACUUAUUGCCCCGUCUCUAAAGCAAGUGACUCGUAUACUCGGGCAUCGUGUUAGGAUAAUACUUUUCCUAAUAAUACUCGAAGAGCAUCGUCAAAGGAAUAUUGGGUCCGUGGGGGGUUGAACCCAGGCAAAAUGCCGGCAAGACAACCCUCUAACCAGUGCACAGUUAGACUGAAAUCAGGAACCGUCGAGGCUUAUCCAACGAGCAUCCGAGCAUAUGCUUGCAUUUUCGACUGUGACCCUUUUUACCGGCGUCACUUACAGUAUGUGACCUAACUAAUGAAAGAUGUCGAAUUCUACGGUUGAUUGCUAAUUACUGGCAAACCGUCGCCACUGGAUGGACCCAAUAUCUGUGUGAAUAAAUAACACCUUUAGGGGAAUCAAAAAUAUAACGGUAAUGUCGAAGGCAGUCUUGGAUUGCCUAGGAAGACUAGGUUUUUUAGAAAAUCGGAAAAUCUCGAAAACGUCCAAAAUGGUUACAAUUGUAUAAACUUCAUUUGCCGAUAUUCGGAAAGUGUGUCCACGCAAAACUCGGAGUAUUUAUGAAAGCACAAAUAGAAUAACCUCUGGAGAUAAUCUUUUGUGAAGUUUACACCUAAAUAUCCUUUAAUAAUCAAUUUGACUGUAAUUACUGUAACUGGUAUCGGGUGUCUCAGCCACGAUGACCGUAUUUGGAGUUCUGUUGUCUUGGUAUGGACGCUUAGUCUUUCGACUACUUCCUCAAAGCAGUACGUGGCAUAUUUAUUGAUCUGUCCACUGAGUGGAAAAUUAUCCCUUCAGACCAACCCCAUAUAUAACGUAGAAUUUGUAGGUUGUUCGUUUAGACGGUCCGUUGAAAGGGGGACUCUGUAGAAAAAUGGCAAAAUAAAAGUCUGAAAAUUCCACAGUGACCUCGCUUGAACUGAGAGUUGAGAAAAGCCGUGUUUUGAAGUUUUUAACGUAUAUUUUUCUUCAUUAUCCGCUAUCAGGAAACCACAUGUCCCCUGGGAAUUAAUAUCGACAAGCCUCGCUAUGACCAGUCAACUUACAUUGGCCGUGCAAAGCACUUCUUCAUUACCACAAACCCCCUCAAUUGUUUAAAGUCUAGCAAAGAGCUCGAAGAAGCCAAGUCAAUUGUCGUUAAAUAUAAAAAGGGGGAACGCGUUCCUGGAUUAACUGAAGACAAGUUAUGGAAAGCAAAGCAGACGUACGAUUCAGCAUUUCAUCCCGAUACUGGAGAAAAAAUGUUCAUCCUGGGACGUAUGGCAUUCCAGGUGCCCGGCAACAUGACCAUUACCGGAUGCCUUCUUACUUUCUACAAGUGAGUGGAGAUAGUAUAUCAGCAUAUUUCAGGGCUCCCUCUAGUAUCCGCCAUUUCUUUCUGAUUUUUUCAUCUCUUUUUUGUAUUUUGUCUGCAGAUCAGCUCCAGCUGUUAUCUUUUGGCAGUGGUUUAAUCAGUCUUUCAAUGCAAUUGUAAACUACACCAACAGAAGCGGUGACGCCCCCAUUUCUCCUACGUAAGCAGCGCUUUUUUGACUGAAGAGUUUUGCCGGUAUUUGCUUGCCGUCCAGAAUCGUCUGUUUUAAAGAUUUUUUUCGCUUUCUUUUUACACUGACUAACUUUAUCUGUUGACCCUUAGAGAGCGUUUUUUUCCAUUCUUUUUUACAGUUGGGAACUUUGUAAACUUGAUGGAAUAUUGGGCGUCUGAUCUAUUAGCGUAGCUUAUACCUCCUCAGGGUAGACUGCUUCUUUUACGCGAUUUUGCUUGUCAGCGCCCCUCCUCUCGGUGUAAAAUAAUUGCAUUAUGUCUCCAGAGUAUUUUUAAAAACGGAAGUAUUUAACAGAAAACCAUGAAAAUGCCUGGUACUCCAUUUUAAGUUUCUUUUUGAUAGUUCAAUGGGCCCGGCAAUUUUAUUUCCUCGUUCCCCUUGUCGGUGAUUUUCUCAAGCAUUGAAUACUCCUAGUGGACUUUUGCUACGUCUAUUACUUUCUCUCAGACCCUCACUUUGCCAUCCCGUUCCUCAUUGUCAACACAAUCAUCGUUACGCUCCAGGUUCGAAACUUGCCUCAUGUUGCACCAUUCAGACAGAUGGCUAUUUGCAUAUUAAAUGCGGCCGUUACAGUAGCAAACACUCGGAGAGUUUCAUUGAAAGAUUUUCCCAGCUACAUGCCCAAUGCCCUUGGACCCAGUUUCUCAGCAACAGCCACUAAUUAAAUUUCAAUUUUCAUAAAAUCCCUACAGAUACUGGCUUAUUUCGGAUUUAAACCAGCCCAAAGUCUUGCUUUCGCAUACUUUCGGGUACUUGUUUGUUCUGUCAAACCGUUCGAUUUGCUAUUGUUAUACUUCGCACGGUCUUCUUUAGCUUUUUUUGUCUUUAGUCGCCUCGGCGUCUCCUACAUCCUCGCUACUGCUGGCGCUGUCACUAGCGCUCUUGCUAUAAACAAGCAAGUUACAGUGAGUUAUCAUGUCUGUCAUCGCUUGUGUUUUUAAAUUCUUUAAUUUUGGUACCUUUACACUGUGCUUUGUUUAGUUCCUCUUGCGCUUUAAUAAUACCGGCUGAUAAUUUUCAAUGAAUUUCCCUGCAUGACCGUGUAUAUCUGGGAGAAAUUUGCCUUUGUUACAAUCUCUUUUCAUGCUGAAGUCCAAUACGAAGAUGAUGACACCACUCAAAGUUUUCCUAACAACAGUAUAAAAGAUGAAACUUACACGUCUGCCCGACCGCUUUCGUUUUCUGAUAAAAUAAUUGGUAUUUUUCAAGCGACUGUUGGUUAUGGAUUCUACGUCAGAUGAGAACGCAUUAACAUUUUCGCAACGUGUAUCCUGCAAAUAAGCUAUUUGUCUCUAUUACAACCUCGACUCGAAUAGAAAUAUAUGUAUUCUCAUUUUGUCAGAAAUCUUAAAAGCAGCCUUCUUAAGACCAAAGACUUGUUUCAUCACUCAAAAAUUCACUGAAAUGCCUGCCAACUGACCAACUUCCUUUCUGACCGGGGUCGAAGAAACUAUGCCUGCGCAACUAAAUCGUGUAUCAUUAGUACUUUAGAUGGUCUACUAUGCUACUUAAUUAGUUUACUUUGUUGUAUAUACGAAUUUUUGCUUAAUGUUCUUCCAGGCCUUUUGACUGUAAAUUAUUGCCACUGCGAAUAUAUUGUAAGCAGAGGAAUCGACAUCAUCCAAAUUAUCAAAACUGUCAGUAGUAUCAGGACCAAUGAGCGCAUAAGUCGAGACUGCAUAUUCUAUCUCAAACACGUAGUGGCAGUGCUAAAUCUAGGCGAAAAAUCUGAGCUUUAACAACCAAAAUGAUGGAUGUGGUUUUGUGGUAGCAGGAUAAGGAUUAUUGAAAGUGUAUUUGCUUAUUGACAAAGAUCGCCUUCGAAUGCCAGAAAUAUAAAUCUAUACUCGGUGUAAAGUAUCGGCAUCACCCAAGCACAUGCAACCCGCCUCAUCAAGAAAAAGACAGGAAAGGAAGCACUUCUUUACUCUUUAAUCAAGCAGCUUUCAGAUAAUAAGACCAUAAGCUAUAAAGUGAGAGUGAUAUUCCUACUCUCUAUUUCAUCCGGGUAUAACGUCAACUUGUGAGAUAAUUUUUCUGACUGAUUAUACCGGCAAUUCCAGUAAAAAGUAGUCUGACUCUUGAGUGUUUUCUUGACUGUUUUCUGACAAUGCACUGAUGGUUAGUAUCAAGCACGGCAAAAUACCGCUCUACCCUAGACCAGAAUGAAGUCCGUCCUGCAGCUUGUGAGGAUGAUCAAGUAAUUUCUCCAACUUCUGACGUGUAUUUUGGUUGGAAAAUAUCGCUCAUGUAUCAGAACUCAUUAGAAUGGGAUUCGCUAAUUUAUCCAGUUUGUGCUUUGGAGCUGUACUCUAAGCAUUCGUAGGCGGUCACCCACCGACAACAAUCGACCCUUGAGAAGUUGGGGAUUGAGUUACUAGUUUCUUGUUGCUGUGCGGUCGCCCACAAUGACCAAGUUAAUUUAUAAGACAAGACGAAACAUCCAUAUUACGGAUAAAUCUAUACCGGCCCUCCUUUGUAGUAAUAGUCAUCACCUCUACACUAUUUCUUCCUUUUAUUGCGCAAGCGACUGCAAAAGUAGUCUCAUAGGUCCAUGUUCGUUCACAACUUGGGCACCGAGAAGAGAUCUUGAGGACGUUCUAUUAAGUGACCUGGGUUAGGUAAGGUUGUCCUGGUGGAGCACUUUCUACUGAGUACUCACACUUUACGAAAACAUUUAAGUGAUAAUUUGGUUUUAUACGUCCGUUAAAGGCAUACAAAGAUUACAGUCCCCUUACUUUUGUGCGCAGACGAAGUUUACAUUUUCCUACGGGAGUUUUAUUUAGUCCCGUUGUUCUGGAUACAUGUCCAUACGACUUUCUCCCUCGUCGCUUUUCAUUACAAGACUUGUAGUCCAGUUGGUGGAUGGCAGCUGCUGGAUAUACUAGCAAGCACUACACCUCUGGGACCUAUCAGUCCACGGUCGUGGUUGAAGAUUACUGUCCGAGCAAAUACUUUUUCACCUUCAGGAAUGGAAUUGGGUCAUCUUUGUAGGAGUAUGACCAACAGGUUGGAGUUGCCCCUUUGCCCGGUUUUGUCAGUGUGCCCAGUUUUAAGAGCUACGCAUCUCAAAAGCUCAAGACACUUCAACUAUUAGAUCCAGCUUUAAUUGUUCCUUCUGUCUAUUCUAAGCGUUUUCCACCCGUGGUCGGUCGCCUCGUCCCUUAUGCAGCCGUGGCCGUGGCUAAUUGCAUCAACAUUCCUUGCAUGCGCAGUGCUGAACUCAGCAACGGUAUCGACGUCUUGGACGAUAAUGGCGAAAAGCUUGGCAAGUCCGUUAGGACGGCACGCGUUGCUAUUGCUCAGGUCACGAUCUCUCGAGUUCUUAUGGCGUCCCCUGGCAUGGGUAAAUCGCUCAUUUUCUCUCAUUAUUGUCCCUCCUUUUUUAAAAAUUGUCCCUGGAUAGUACCAGAUGUAGUUAGCUUCCUUGAAACUAGGGGAAAGGGGCCAGUUGUCGUUUUGACAUAUAAUUACCAGCUACUACAUUUAAAUAAACCUGUAAUGGCCAGAAAUCAACGUUAGAUCUCGAAGCUCAUAAAACGCUGACCGAAAGUCCUCAAAAUAUUCUGAAAUGCGGAUAUCCAAGUUUGCCGGUAAGUCUGUCCAAACAAUGCUCAGCACUAGGGUCUGACUUCUUCUCUCCCUUCUUCCUACCCUUGACCGACUAUUCAACGUUGCCUUCGUCACUUGGGUUUUCUAGGAGCAUCUUCAGGGAAUUUGGUCCUUUGCCGAAUGUGCCUAUAGCAUUUUCUAGUUACUUUUUGCCUGUCAUUGACUCGAUAGACUUGGCAUACAUCGGAUCUCCCUGGAAAAUGACCUUUACUUUUACCGGUAAUGUAUGCAGGUGACCACUUCGAUUAAAAUGGGCAGUACUUACUUUGAUGACUAGUCUUCGCGCAUCCGACAAGAGCAUCGUCCUGGCUGUAUAUCCUUGUGUCGAGGUUGGCCGUAUGUAGGCUGCCUCCAAAUAACGCAGAAACUCGACCUAUGCAAACAGUUAAACCAUGUGGUCAACCUCAACUUGGCCUGGUAGAUCUGAGCUUUUUGAGUUGCAAAAUCCCUCUGCGUGUUAACUUCUCCGUUUCCUUUCCUAUGUUGUGUUUUUCAAGUUACCAUUUUAUUAAUUAGUCUACUUACAGUGUACGAUGACGUUGCUGUUUUAUAGUGAUUUUCUCUGUGGAAGUUCAAACCUCUGUGCCUUUCUCACUUGUUAUCUGUGUUAUGCAACGACAGGCUGCAGUUGAUAAGACGUCCGAAAUCUAUUGGUUCCAACAAAUUCUACUGUCUAUGCCUGAUUUAAAAAGGGGCUUUAUACACAAUAUGCCAGACAAUAAAGAAUUAACCUCCAAGGUACCCCAUACUACAUGGAUUUCGGCCGUCACCUUCAACGACUUUCUUUCCUUACUUUAUAUGUAUGUGUGUACCUGCAGUUUCGAUGUGAUCGCGGAUUCUUUUUCUGGUCUCAGAUAUUUGUAGGAUUUAUCCGACAGUACGACCGUCGUUUCCGACUAUGUCAGCCUUGUGCUUCAUAGCAAGGUGGAACAGGCACGGUGACUUGCACGGGAUUUAGUUGUUAGUGAGUACAUACUUGCACAGCAUCUACCGCACUCUUUCCUCCGCCACCUGAAUCCGGUGCCAAGACGGAGGCGGGGGAAGGCGUAGAUGGAUGGCACGGUCGAGUCCGAAUCUUGGCGCUCCACUACACGCAGUCCGGUCCACACAACAGUUGACCAGGAUUUUAAGCAAAAACAACACAGCGGGUCAGAAAGACGAGGAUGACUGGACAGCCAUGCUCACGACCUCUAUAUCCAACGGGAGCGCAAACGAAUCUACCGGUACGAAGCCAGGCGUUAGAGAACUGCCAGCGCAUACCAGACUGUAAGGGUCAUCGUUUGCUUGUCCUGGCAUUGCAGACGCCUACAGGCCAAUAGGCCCUGAAGGAUGACACAUGGCUCUGCAUUUGCCUAGGCCGUCCUCCUUCAAGGCUGGGUAACCAAGCAUCCGACAACUGAGAGGCAUUACCCAUAAGACAUACAUACACACUCCUCACGUGCGUGAGGGUGUCGCUGAUCACUUAAGAAGGCGCCGUGACAGCCUGGCUCUCAGCUCACCAGUCCGCCACUCCACACAAACGCAUACACAACUGGGAGGACUGCGUGGACUGAGUUGGGCGUCAGUCAGCAGCCUUCCAAGCCACGGCGCCCGACGCACCGUGAUAGUCUCAGACUCGGAUCACACAUACAACAGAGGAGCCGCAUGGCGAAGGAGCCGAGAAGGACACUUCCCACUUGCAUGGGAGGUGGCAACUAGGUGCUUGUGAUGGGUGAUGGUGUUGUGAGGUGCGGGCGCUGGUGGGGGAAAAUGUAAUGAUGUAGUGUAGCGGGCGGUUGUCUACCGCAGGCUUUAGUGAAUGCACAUGCAUCGGUAGGUCGGUCCCGGGCGAGGUCGUCCCAGUUAGCCGGGUCGAUCUGCAGGCGGUUCAGUAAAGUCUUCAGGGUAUCUUUGUAGCGCCGGACUUGUCCUCCUUGUUGACGGGAAUCCGUGGCGACAUCUCCAUCGAAGAGUCGUUUGAGUAACCGCUCGUCGUCCGCACGCACGAGGCGUCCGCUCCAGCGCUGUUGCAGGUGUCUCAGCAUGACGUAGAUGCUGAGGACCCCCGUCCGUUCCAGUACGUCUGUGUCAGGGAUCCGGUCCUGAUACCUCAGGUUUAGUUUCCGGCGGAGACAGCUGAGGUGGAAGUGGUUGGAUCUACGCGCCUGCUCCUUGUACACUGUCCAGGUCUCCGCUCUAUACAACAGUGUCGGCAGGAUGACUGCUUUCUAAAUCGUCAGUUUGCUACUGACGUGAAGACCGUAUCGAUUCCAGACAGUGUUUUUCAGGCGGCCGAAAUUUGGCUUGUCUUGGAAAUCCGGCGGACCACUUCAUCGUUGAUUUUGGUGUUGCGAGAGGGCGCCGUUCACGUUGACUUGGGGUGCGUUGUAGGCAGAGUCGAGCAGCGCUUGAUGAUGAGGCCGAAGUUGUCGCAGGUGGCGGCGGCGGCGAUAAGGUGCAUGCUCAUUUGCAUGCCCCCUUCGGAGGUGGCGAUGUGAGCUCAGUCGUCGGCGAAGAGAAGUUCAUGGACGGUAGUUGUGGGAACACGCAGCUGGAAGUGCAUCCGCUGCUGAGUGAGGAGUUGGCCAUCCGUCCUGUAGGCGAUGCGGAUCCCAGGGCGUUCGUCACGGUGUGCGUCCAUCAGCAUGGCAGAAAACAUGAGAUUGAAAAAGUUAGGCGCGAGGACAUAGUCCUGAUUCACUCCGUUGGUCACUGCGAAUGCCUCUGAGACGACUUCAUUAUCCGUGACGCGCGCCGUCAUGCCAUCGUGGAGCUGACGCACCACCUGAGUGAAUCUCCUGAGACAGCCGUAUUACUUAGUGAUUCUCUACAGUCCUUCGCUAUUCAGUGUGUCACAGGCUAUCGUUAGCCCCACGAAGGUAGAGUAGAGGUAGAUCCGCAUCUCCUGACACUUCUGCAGUUGGCGGAUGGCGAAGAGCAUGUUGAUGGUACCUCGAUGACAGCGGAAGCCGUAUUGGCUUUCCGGCAGACGCCCUUGUUCCAGAUGAUUUUUGAGACGGUUGAGAAGGAUGUGAGUGAGGACCUUCCCGGCGGUAUUGAGAAGGAGAUCCCUCUGUGGUUUUCACAGAGUUGGCGGUUCCCUUUCCGUUUAUAAAGUUAAACUAUUGUGCCGUCCUUGAAAUCUUGCGGGACUUGUCCUUGACGCCACAUCCGGAAGAGUGUUGUCAGAUGAUCCAUGAGUUGGGGACCGCCGUGCUUGUAGAUCUCAGCAGGGAUCGCGUCCAGUCCGGGCGCUUUCCCGCUGGAGAUCAGCUGCACAGCUUUGAUGGUUUCGUGGGGAGAGCGCGGGAGGUCGAGAUCGGCGUUGAUCUCCACUGGGGCAGACGGGCGAUGGCGGCGUCUGAGAUGGUGGAGGGACGGCUGAGGACGCCUCUGAAGUGUUCGGCCCAUCAACUCAAAAUUUGCGUCCCACAGUGAAUGGGGUGGUCGCGUCGACGCUGUCCUUUUAACUACGGGACCGUAGACAGUCUUGAUCGCAGCGAAGAAGUUCUCCCAUUCGUUGCGGUCCGCGUACCCUUGGAUCUCCUUUGCCGUGCGAGCCGUUCGGGCGUUUUGCAUCUCCCACAGCCGUUGUUGCACAAGGCGGCGACUUCGAUAGAAGGCUGCUUUGUUGACGUCGACACGGCGGUUGCCGUAGGUUUGGUGCGGACUUACCUUGCUGUCUCCCGCCGAGUUGCAGUCGAGGCCUCAUCUUGGGGGUGGCGAUUCGGUGAGCCGUAGGACUUUCGACCGUGGGGGUAGAGAGUAGAGUAGAAAGUAUGUGGUGAGGACGAAGGAGAAGGGCGGAGAAUAGGUGCGAAGGUGUAGAAAGGGGCAGGUCUUCCGUCCACUGUGUCAGUAGUUUGCUGAGUGCUUGUGUCCUCCUGUGGCGUUGCAGACGGAACCUCAUCUGGGAGGUGACGAUGCGGUCCUUCAUGCAGCCGGCGAAGGUGGGAGGGGAGCAGAAUUACCGUGUGCGGAGAUGCACAUACGGAUACCCUCACCCGGUAUAGGCCGCCGGUCGAAGCGGUUGCCGGGGUGUGGCCGCUGGACAGAGCCUAGUUUCGGGAAGCCACACGUGAGAAUUGGGUGCCAGUUAAUGGACACUAGGCGUAGUCAACACCUACCAGCAAGUGAGCGACCUACUACGACCAUCACGUGGACCCACAAUUGAACACCCCUACACCCCGGUAGGAGUUAUAGUUGAUUGAACAAAGACAGGGUGACUCUGAAAUAACGCUAUUUCGAUGUGCUCAUACCACUGUCGAUACGCCCUAUUAGGCUAUUUUGACCGAGUUCGGCCUGCUCUUGACCCGUUUCCUUCGCGAAUUCACUGUACCGGCAUGCGCCAAUUCUUCUGAAAACUAACAUUUUAAAAUUUCUUAUGUAGCCGCCCUUUCAGAAUCGUAAUGAAAUAUUUUUUGUUCUUGAAAAAAAGAUGGUUUUAUCGUGUACAGCCGGUAUAAAAAUAAACAAUAAUAUUUUUGACUCGGGACUCGGGAAUAUAGUUUUACCGUACGGCCCUAUCGAAAGUCCUUCUUAUGACGUUAAACCAAAAUCAAAAUAUAUUAAAUGUCUUUUUAUAGCCAAAGUGAUGACAUCCUGUGUUCGCACGCACCUUGAGGUUCACAACAACUUUUAGCCACCUCCAGUGCAGGUUUGUUAACACCCCCGAAAACUUCAGUUUCCAGGCGAGUGCGUAUUGAUUGCUGUACUCCGCAAAAAUAUUAAGACCGUCUAAAAGAGUAGUGCUUUAUUACACCCUGAAAUCCUGUGCUGCGCAUGUUUUACUGAUCUGAUGACCCUCACCGAAAUUCCUUAUUUUUCUGAAUUCGAAACCUUUCUUUAUAAGCUCAAACCUCCCUACAAACUCAAGCUGUUCGACUUUUCGUCAAAUUUGAAUUUUACCAUCACAAUUGAAAUUAUAAAUUAGACAUGUUCGUAUUAACGACCUAUCCGUCAUUAUAUUCGUUGCCAUUAUCGUGAUUCAUAGUAUUCCGGUGCAUGCUUACGUUGAUCUCAGCUCUACGCCAUUUUGAUCCGAGUUCCUUUCUCACAUUUUCUAGUUCUUCCGCCAUUCCUGAUGGAUGCGUUGGAGCGCCGUGGCAUCUUAGCGCGCUAUCCGUGGAUCAGUGCUCCCCUUCAGGUUGUCCUGUGCGGUCUCUUGUAAGUCCUCGAAUCCUAAUUCAGUCUUUCCUUCACUUCUGGUUGACUAUCUCAAGACAAACCGGCCUGGCAUCAGACCGACUGAGUGAGACAAACAAACCAACAUGUGUCUGUAACGCUCCUCGAUUACCGCUUAUUCUCCGUAAAGCAGCGUUUUGCGCAGAAUUUAGACUGGAGCUCCAAGGCAAAGCGGUAUUGCUCUAGCUGUUUCCUCUUGCCACUCGGAUAGGCCGCUGGACGCCUCUCGUACUUGCUCUCAAAAAUUCCUAAUCGCAGUCGAUGGAACGUGAGCCUGCGAACAUUAGUCGUGGGGAUCAACCGAUCUCCCAUCCGCGGCCUUGCGAGAAGUCGUCGUUUCAGUCACUAAUACCCCUCUACUGUUUUUUCCUAAUUUCCUUCCCGGACCCACCACUCGUGCGUUUAAGUGUCUGUUGACUCUCAUGAACGGCGGUCAAGGAAACUGUUACGUCCAAAUUGAUCUGGCUGAAUCAUCUUCGAAGCUAUCCACUCCGCAAACUUGUUGGAGACUUUUGGAUGCGAUGACCUCAAGAUGCGCCAAUGCUAGCUACCAUAGAAUGGCGUCCGCCUACCGCGUACAGAUGCCUUCCGUACUUCGUUUUUACUUGCGCGUUUAGAUUUUAAAGCAGUCGGGAAACCUUUCGGACUAGAGCAAUCAUGCCGCCCUAAGGGAUGCAUUUUCGAAGGUCAACCUGCAUGUCUGCUUCCAACUCGAUGAUCACCUCUACCUGGAGGCCAAUAAUGACUUGCGCACAAAUUGUACUAUACUUCUGGAGUAUUGUACAGCAUCGACCUCUCCCUCUUCCCACAUGUAUUGCGUCCCAAUAGUAGGACUCCGUCAAUAGGACUAGAUAUGAAAUUGAGUGCUUUGAUUGACUUGGCGUAAAGCCCCGUGAACACGUACUUCGAUGUGACUGGUUCCAUCCGAGCGGCCAAACUAGGCUAUGCACGCAACUUCGCCGUCAAUGGGGGCGGGGCUCGGGUUACCUUAAUGAGAAUUAGUCUGUCGAUUUAAGCCGGUGCCAUCGUGUGGCUGCUGCGUCGAUGGAGAUAAGGGCUGCGUGUCACGUUUACGUCAGAGUAGACGUGGCACUCCGCACAGCUACGUACUUUGUAAAGCUGUCAUCCCUCCUUUGGCACGUCGUACAUCCUGAACUAGUGACAAGGAGGUGAUUAUAAACCCGAAUCCAGGGGGGAGGGUACGCACGUACACAAGCUGCUGUCCGCUCGAAGAAAAAGAGACGAGGAAUCGGAUUUGAGAUGGGUCGAGCCGAUGGUCCCCUUAUCGAUCACUGCUAUCUUCUCCUCUGCACCAACAAGCCUCGGGUCCGACAGCGAGGCCUUGUUUGCCUCAAACGCCGCGGAUCGGAUGAGGAGGUGGGCACUAAAAUCUGUUGCCCGAAACAGGCAAUAUAUUUGUGUCUAGCCGCCAUAAAAGAAGUCUGGAAUGUACUCUACAAUGAUUUUUUCGUGGAUUCCACAGUAUUACCAGGAAGACGGGCUCACCCGUAAGCCUAGCUACCGACCAGCUGUUGUGUCCACGAGUGACGGAUAGUGUAACGAACUUCGACGAAGGCAAGCCGCAAAAUAAGUUGUCCUUAACCAGCGGCAACAGUACUACCAGAACACAAAGGUCUGAUGCUUGGCACGCUGACUGCCUUAUAAAAUACCCUAAAGCUCCAUGCCGGCACUGUCACCUGGUGAUAUUGAUGCGUCAUCAGCUUGAUUUGCCUGCCGCCGUUACCUUACCAUUAUGUUCUUGAACCAGAGCUCUAAAUGGGGCAACCUCGAGCAAACGGUUUGAGGAGCCGUUGGGAACCGCCUGUAUUCAGAAUUCGCACGAAAUUUAAUAAAAAAUUCUCGAUCCAAAAUUACUAUCUAUGUUGUGGCAUCCGCGGGUACCGAUGCGCUCCGCAAUCUUGGUCCACUGUUGCGGACAAGUAGUGUGCGCGCUGUACUACCCGGUCGAGAGUGGAGACUUGGUAUUGGAUCUUGAAAUGUGCAAGCCCUCGUCAGUCUGAUACUUGCAGUCCUCAUCGGUACGAAGAAAAUGUCUGCUAUUUUUCGAAUUCCUGACCGAAGCCCUCUGAAAGUCUGGAUCCGGGGAGGGGUAGACCCCCACUUCACCCUUUGUCAAAACGACUCAUGCGACUCUUCUGCUAAACGCGGUGCGGCGAUCGCCCUCUUGCAAAAAGCGGACUGUGUAUUGCACGUUUGUGAACCGGUCAAUGACGGGCUGGGUUACGUACGACAAAGGGGCAUGUUACCAGCAUUUCCGUCUACGCUCCAACAUCCGCUGCCGGCGAGCGUGAUGGACAAACUACUCACUGUUGCAAGAGCUGAUUGGGAGUGUCCAUUACGGUGACCUGCUGGUUGUUGCUUGGGGGUGGAAGGACCGGACUGUACCGGUCACCUUACUGAUUGCCAGGAACUUGGUUGUCGACGCUACAAUGGCUAGUUAGUGUUGAGCGUUGCUUACUAGAACUGGCCAGUCGCCACUAUCACGUGCUUCUAGCAUCGCUGCGUGCAUGCCAGUUUGAUUUUCAGAUGACAGUCGUAUGUCCGGCCGUAUUGACUACAUUUUAGUAGGCUCGAACUUUUGUAGAUGGAUUUAUGGCUGCAGGUCAUCGCACGGUGCUGAGACUGGCGGUGUCUCUGGGUCAGCCCAUGUUCUCGUUCGUGCAUGCUUGAAAGUUCACCUCAUCCACACCAAAUUGUCACGUGCAGGAUGUCUUGGUGUCGAAAAACUACGACGACUCAUCACAUUUAAGGCUAAGCACAGAAAUCUGUUCUCGCCUUGCAACUCUAGUCGAGGAAAUAUUACGGAGGUUCUCAGUCCGCUAGGCAGUUGAGGGAAUUCUCGGAUUCACUCGACACUCCUGUAUGGACUCAGUUGGCUCCAAGGGCCUUGUAGUUGUCGGUCCGGACAACUUGAUCUAGACCCCCAAAGAAGAGUUUUUUUCCGCCAAAUCUGGAAAAUGACGAAAAAGUUGGCUAACGAUGACAGCAAAAGGUAUUCUGGUAAAGCAACUACCACUCAGUGACACCCGAAAACUACGAAAUUGUCCGCUGUGUUGGCGAUAGACCCUCCGCCCUGAGUGACUAUUUGCAGUAUGGAUUGUUGCCCAUCCGGUCAACGUCGGAUGCUAUAAUGAACACCUUGAGCACCUCGACUUUGAUGACCAAUCCACCACAUCUCCAUUCUCCUCUGCUGCGGAGUUUUACCCUCGAUCCUAUGCAGUAUCGUAUAAGCCAUCUUCUCAGAGAGAAAUCGCCGAUUCAAUACAGAGGCAGUACAUCAAGGCGCCUGCGGAGGACAUGGUUCUCACUUAAGUCCAUAAGUUUAGUGUCGACACUGGCGUCCGGGAAUGGACAAAUGAGCUCGUUCCUGAUGAAUAUACCUCAGCCAGCCUUGUGCCUCUCGUCAAAAGGGGACAUGAGGCGAAGUGCGCGGACAUAAUUUACCAAAGAUGCCAUUGUCGUACGGAGGCGAUUUCAGAGUCUGUGUGACUCUGAGACGAAACCACUCCGCUGCAUCCUCAGCUGGACAUAGAUGCAGCGAUCAAGUAUUCAUACUGCUUCGCAUUCUUGAGUUCUCCCAUGACUACCAACAACCGACGAUCGUCCGUUUGGUUCACCGUGAUUCCUGUGGAAGAUGAUGGGACUAGAUGGUAUUCCGGCCAGAAUUGAUCGCAGACUUCAAAGUCUGAUAUUACCCCACUGCUUUGAGAGUCCCGGCUCACAAUCGCUCCCAACCGUUCGAUAUUCACUUCGGCUUUGGACAAAGUUGCAUUCGUCGCCCAUCCUGUUCAACUACGCCAUUGGCUAAGUUAUCUGAAUGACGUUACACAGUUUUAACAAUGUUGAAUUUGCAUCUAACCGCCGGUUGACCGACUUGAGCUACUCUGGCGGUGUCCCCCUGCCCGCGUAAAGUGAUGAAGACUUACACAAUAAAGGGCCGAGGAUGAAAGAGGUCGCCAAAUCAGUCGGUUUAUUCAUAAAUGCCGAGAGGACCAGUGUUUUCGAGCUGCACUUUGACGGGGAGAAAUCGCUCUUCGGGAUUAAUGAUUGUCGACCUUAAGGAGCAUGUAGCUUCAACCGCCUCGGGGCGAGGCUGCUGCCAAACGAACAGAAUGACGAUGACGUCUCCCGAAUCAGUGCUGCUCUCAUCGUUUCCACAAGUUUUAGGAAACUUCUGUUGAUCUGACGCGUUGUCCUCAUCGCCACAAAGAUUCGCGUAUACGGGGCUUCCGUCGGGUAAGUCCUCAUAUGCGCGUGAAAGAUGAGCCAAAACUGGAGAUAUUUGACCGUCCUUGCCUGAGGGCUAUCCUUUGAGUGAAGCACACUGAGUUUGUCUCGAAUGAGACAGCUCUUGCUGCGACAACAUUGCGAGGAUAUCUCAGGCCAUCCAGGAAAGACGACUUGGUCGAUUUGACCACGUUUUUCGUCGUCUGUCCCAUGACUUCAGUGUUGCUUGCCUUGAUCGGGUGCCGCCGCCUACCUGAAGGUGUCGAAAAAGAGGUCAAAACGGUAUCUGGCUCAAUACAGUUCGUCAAAAUAUGAAGGUGUUUUUCGGCCUUUCUGUAUUCGGUCUCCAUCGCUGAAGAGGGGAGUGGGUCGAGUUCUCUUGAUCCGCCGUAGCAGAUCGCCACAUUUGGAAAAAUAAAAUCGGCAGUAUCACGGGGGCUACUAGAUCGAUCAUAAUUACAGCAUUACCAAGCACAGAUAAGCACGAGCCAGAAGACUACAGGAAGGCGGCGCCUGUUGGCCAACCUACCUGUCCGGCGCCUCCAUAGGUAGCAGGUAGUGGAACGGCCUUCAGCGAAGACCAGUUACAAGGUACAGAGGUUCCCUGGUCUGUCGAAUUGACAGUUAAUAACCACUCAGCGGUAGUACUCUCGGGUGUGUCUGGGUGCCGAUUUUGCAACUCAGUAACCUAUGAGUAGAUCGCCAACCAUCGCGGUAUCACGACAUGACGAACCAUGCCCGCCAUCCAGUACGACUCCGAUCGUCGUUUUUCCAUGCACAUCUGAAAACUCAAACUGGCGUUCCAAAGGCGUGGAUGUGUAGGUCUAUUUUAGACUCCAAGAAUUAGAGAAAGUCACCCAUGUCACGCAACCGCUGCCCAGUAAGCGGCCGCUUACGCAGUUUUGAACGACCACAGGACUGUUGUCAGUGUUCGUGUUGGCCUGCAUGAGGGCAUUGGGUGCCCUGAGGAGCAGUUUCCUGUCAAACACUACCACCACCAACAACGACAGUCUGGACUGCUUGAGGGCACCUCGAAGUACGGAAGUGUGACGAUGGGUGCCCUGUGGGGAGGAUCUCUGCCGUGCGAAUGGUCACAAGUAUUCUGGUCGUCGAACCUCAGUUUGCUCACGAGAGGAGUAACAUGGAAUUGCGAUAGAACUUGCCAGGUCAUUAUUUUUCUGAACGCUGACAUUUGACAGUACUAGAGAACACGGGAGAGAAGGCUCUGGUCUCUGACCGACAGAAUGCUGCAGUGUAUUUAGGUUUCGUAUGAACACUACUUGGUCAACUGAACAGGACGUCUAGUAACCUUACCUAGCGGGGGGGGGGGCGUUCGCCGGUGCCCGUCCACAUGCCUACAAAAGGUACUCUUUUAGGUACCUCCUCGUACGUGUUUAAGUUACCUCUCUCAGCUCUGUCACGCUCAUGUGCACUGCAAGGUGAAACCCCUUCAACUCAUCUCUGGCGGUUUUGCAUUUAUUUUUGUCCAAUUUAUCAUUCCUCGGAGUUUGUGCAGGCCCGCACCUGAUGUUUCUGUUCCGAACAGGAAGUUUGCUACAAUAUAUUAACGACCACUGCGGUCCGCGUUCCACACUUGGGUGUGGCAGCCUGCUAGCUAGGGGUCACGGGCCGUUGACACAUGACUGUAGCCGCAGUGUGCAUCGAACACCCUCUCAUUGACGUCCUUCGCACACUGGGCGUAGCCAAAGUAACCGGCAUGGUUUGGUGCUGCCAGGCCGUUUGCACGCCGUUUGCGGCUCACACGUUCCAGCGACCAGCACUCACAUUCUUCGCCCGACACCUGCUUAGGGUCUCCGGAACAGGCGCAUUCCAUUUAUUGUCCACCCAGGCUGAUGGUUUUCUCACGGCCAUCUCCGCUGGCCGAGGCGAUCUCUUAUACGGUGAAUUCAAAUUAAUCAGGCCAAACGUUUGGACCAGAUUAAACGACUGUCCAAAUUAUCCAAAGUGCGACCAAACCGGUAAUCACUUUCUUGGAACCAGUCAGCGAGAGCCAGAUUGCUGUUCGGUACCGAAGCUGCUGGCCUGGCCGCCCCUCCCAGUCUAGCGUCCGCCACCGUGCAAUCCGCCCUCGCUUUGUCCGUAUCAGUGCUUUCACGGUUGAUCGAUUACUGCAAACCGGAGACGUGCAUGACCUGCGUAGACCACCUGAGCGAACUUAUGGUUAGAAGACUGCCAAUAGAAGCGAAUAGGCGAGUUCCAGAAAGUAGUUCAGAAGAAGACUGUCGAUGUCUGUCCGAAAUUAAAGCCACCACCCAAGUCUUCGAAAAUGGUGGUUCUAGUGGGCGGGGAGAACUUGAAGUAUGCAUGCGGACACUUCCUGUUCUACGCUUUUCUCGAACAAACGUCUGGCUGCAUUAACUGGAAUCUACUUUAUACCCCAUCUCCGAAAAUAAAAUCCUGAGGCACACUUGCAAGCCUCUGGUUUACCGUCUGAGGAGGAGGGGAAGGAGGAAACACGAUCGAUGCAACAGGAAUUUUUUCUAUCUGACGCUUUGGACUAGCAUUCUAAUCCGUCCUCAGAUAAAUAAUCAGAUAACAGUAAUGGAUGCUCGAACGUUACAAUAUUUCUAGAACGUAAUUACUAUGUCGCCACAUCCAUAUCAAAAUUAGCUACCGAAUCCACCGCAGAUGACUUGAUUGUCCGCAGCCCAGAUGUUGACUGCCGCAAUUUCAUUACUCAGCACCGAUUAUAAAGGGUAGGGGUUGUUAUUUUUUGUUAAAGGACUGGGGACUAGAGAACCAUAACUCGCGGCUCACGCGCUUGUCACCUUUCACGGCAAUUUCAGCCUCGCCUGACUUAAAGUUGUGGCCGGGUCCCUUCGAAUGAGUUGCGACUUAGCAGCUGGUGUCAUUCAUCAUUACUGUCGCGUGUUCGGCUACCCGCGUCCAAAGUAGACUUCCAGUUUCUCCGUCGUUGUUGCCUUGCCGAUGAACAACUUCGGACUCUUCCUACUAUGGCGAAUAUCGAUAAUCCAUUGUUUCUUGUACGGAGCGCAUUUACACAUUGCUGAGUUGAAAUGACGCUAGGUUACACCUUUCGAGAACUGACGCCCUGGCUGUCCUCCGAAACGUCCUACUCUGCCAACUUUUGGUGAAGGAAGCUUCGAAUGCUUUGCUAACGCCCGCAGUGUCAGUAUCUGUUCGCAUUCUUCUUCUGGCGGUCGUAUCGUCAUGUUUAGACUGCUUAAACGCCGUUGACUUUGUCAACGUGUAGAUACUAUAAGAGGGAAAACGGUUGCUUUACUCCAGUGCGUUAGUAUUUACUAGUAACACGACUUUACUUUUCAAACAAAAUUGAUCCAGAGAGCCUUAUAUGAGAAUUUUAGAUGGGAUUUUAGAUGUUGCCCUCUAACGCUCGAGUUAGUUCUUCCGAAAUAUUGCGAAGUAAGGAUAUCCUGGCGGGUCUUUUGCAAUGACUGCUUACAACUGUUGCCUGUUAUGAUCGUAAGAGUCGACCGUAGUUGAGCCACAAGUUACUCUAGCGACUUCUCUAAGUGAACUAGGGGAAGAGUCUAGGCCUCAAAAUCACGGAACUUAAGCCGACUGAUUUGGAAAAAAUUCAGGCCGCUUAAAAAGCGAAUUCACCAUUUUGGAUUAUGGACCGGUUUGAUUCAUUUCCACUCACUGCCAGCAUGAUCACUAUUCUUUGACCGAAGUGCUAGAAGACUAGACUUCAGCGCUACUGGUCUCAUUUAAAAUCUUCGGUUUUCCACACCUACGUAAAGCCUUAAAAUGAAGACGUUGCUUACUUGUGCUUUGUGCCUACGACCACGCCCGAUGUAACCGGUCUCAGUAAUUUUACGCCUUCCAUCUGCAGCAGCGGAUAUGGUGAGCUUCAUCCACACCCUUCUUCAGCGGCGAAGACUGAACCCCCAGGUCCAACGCCGUAUCUCGAGAUAUCCUGUUGAGCUAGGUUUUAUGUCGAUCUUCUCUUCAUCGACCCUAGUGAGGCGGUAGCAUUGAAUCUGGGACAGCGGAGCUGUACCUAUGGGAUGGGACGACGAAGAAUGCGCCAAAACCACCUCUAACCUAUUUCUUGGGUGACUUCAGUUGUCCUCGCAGUGCGGACUGUCACAUUUGAGGUUAAAUUUGUGUAUUUAAGAUGGCGAGUCAUUCUCGGGGAAAUGUUAACGGAACUCUCCGGCUUCUGCUCAUUUUGCACCUGGAAAAAUGGAUGCCCAGUAGUUACGAUUUUUUAUGGCGGUUUAGAUACAGCGACGAAUCCAUGGACGUCCUCAAAAGCCUGUAGGCACCCUGCAGGCAGCACUGAUCUGGAUGACAGCACCCUGUCUUCUUAGUCCGUGCAACAAGAACUGGGUUCUGAGAUAUAUAAAGCCGUCCAGUACUUUAGGCAGACAGCCGUUAAUCAUGGGAUUUACCUUCUUUUAAGCCAGUAUGCGCUUUGGUAAUGCUUUGGGUUUCGCGGCUCCGCUUACCCCAGACAAUGCCUUCCAUGGAUUGACCUAUCGUUUCACUAACGGCGUUAGGCCUAUGCAGGAGGCUGAACUUGUGUGCUUGCGUUAAUUUUGUAUUUUCUCGGCCGAAACCGGACCGAAAUUCGAACCGCCUAAGUUCUUGAGCCCACUGUGAGGCCGGAUAUAUCGUACGCUUCGCUAAAGGUAGCUUAACCGCCUCUGAAAUUGUCUUUUCUUUUGCCUUUUUAUAGCCUGACCUUCACAACGCCGAUGUGCUGCGCCCUGUUUCCACAGACCAGCUCCAUUGCAUUCAGCAAACUCGAGAAAGAUCUUCAAGCCAAGAUCCUCGAAAAGCGGCCCCAAGACUUGCCGCCACCAGCUUACGUCUACUACAACAAGGGCUUGUAA